AUGUCGGGCCUUCCGCCUCUGGUCGAGCGUGAUGCGACUCCCUGGCCAGAUCAGUACUCUCAAAGCCCUAGCAAUAUCCCUCCCAUAGGCGCCGCAUUUCCCGGCAUCCAGCAGCAAUUCCCCGGCACACCCGCUGGUGGAGGGCCGUCUAUGCAAUGGCCCGUCUCGCCGCCGCCUGCUGCAGACGCUUGGGGCAUGCCUCAAGCGUUUGCGAAUCCAUAUCCUAACAAUCAGUACCCUAGUCCCUCUUUUAACCCAUAUCCGAGCCCCAGUGCCAACCCUCCCCCGCUUGCAGCCCCCGCUCCCCUCUCCUGGAGCCAGCCUGGCAAUUUCGACUCGAAUGUGCCUUAUAACCCCCCGCCACAACCCCCGACCUGGAUCGAUCAUAAUCAUUACAGCCCCCCUUCCGGUGGCCCAUCGCAAGGAUACGAGCCCGCGACCUACGAGCCCCGCACGGGCGAGAGCGCCUCACUCGAUCUCCCGAUAUCGCCGCGCCCUCGACCGUCGACGCCUUACAAACUUCCUCGACGAGCUUCGCACCCACGGACACCGUCAGCGACCCAUUACGAUCGUCCUGCGAACUGGAGGACCGACUUCAAGAUGCCGCGCUCGGCCUUUGACGUGAUCCUCCCACACAAGCGCGAAAAGGGCUUCUUCCAGAAUGAUGUGACGCUCAACGCCUAUAUCAGAUAUGGGAUGCUGCGCGAACCGCCUAUGACGUGGGAUCUCCAUGUCCCUCCUACGGGCGUUCGUUUCCGCGAGCUGCAGCGCCCCGUCACCACGAACGAUCUGUACCAAUUCGCCUCUGAGCCUCCCCUGAUGUUCAUGCGCCUCUACCACUCACGCCUCCCAUGGUACAUCGACGUCUACCCCUCCCGACCCGUCGGGAUCACCCUCCAGGAUCUGUUUACCACCAUUCAUACCAAAUUGUUCUCCCGGGCUACGCACUCGGAUCUGUACAAUAACGAUGUGUCGGAGGAGGCGAAGCGGAAGGUGGUGCGAGCGUACUCGGAGCGGUGCAAUGGGAACGAGGGCGUGAGGAACCAGGGGGUCUUGAAGGUCGAUUUCUUGAUGCGCGAUUACAUCUUCCUGGGCCUCGCCAAGGGGAGCAACGGCAUGUGGGAGAUGAAGACGAAGAAGAUGUAA